AUGUUCAAUGUUGAAGAUCAUGCGAAACUCAUUCAUUCAGCUAUCAAAGAGUUUGAAAAAACAACAUGUCUCUCGUUUGUAAAGAAAAGAAAAUGGCAUCAACACUACAUUGUUUUCAAAUCGGGUCACAUAUGUUCUUCAAACAUUGGGAGACAGUAUUGGAGCAAAACAGGACAAGAUGUGACAUUAGGUCGUCAUUGCAUGCAAAAGAGAAAAUGCAGCAUAAGAGACCAUGUCAAAACCAUACGAAAGGAUUCGUAUGGUUUUAACAACCUCAAAGAAUAUUCUCUCCUUCUGACAAUCUCAACAGGGAAGAAAAAAGGCGUAAUUGUGCACGAAAUUAUGCAUGCACUUGGAUUUUGGCACGAGCACACCAGAAGUGAUCGAGACAAAUAUGUUGAAAUAAUGUGGGAAAAUAUCGCACAAGGUGAGGAAGACGACUUCGAACGUCAAGAUGGAUUCCAUACGGACAACAUGGACUUCAAAUACGAUUAUCAUUCCGUACUACAUUACGACAACUACGCUUUUUCGACCAAUCGGAGACAAACGAUCAAAGCUAUAUUGAAAGACAGAUUGAAGUUAGGAAAUACCAUGGGACUAAGCCCAGGAGAUGUUUUAAAAAUUAACAAGCUUUACAACUGCCAAGGUAAUUGUUGUUAACAUAAAUUAAUUGACAUCAUGACAUUUAAUUUGUUGAACAUUAAA